AUGGCCUCCCACUUCUACCUCGACGAUUUCCCGCAGAGCUCCGAGCCCCUCAGCGACCAGCCGAUGCCGCACACUCACGUCAAUCCGGCCGAGGUGUUCGAGCAGGACGAGGGCUACCUGGGCCGGCCCUUCCCCCCGGGCCCGCCCAGGGAGAUCGGCGGCGGGGUGGACCCGGCCCAGGCGCUGUGCAUGGACGGCUUCGACGCGCCCUCCGCGCCCGCGCUCGGGGACAGGCUGCGGGAGUCGGGCAUCCAGGCCGCCGAAACGGCGAUCGCGGGCUGGCGCGCGGCAGUACGCCAAAAGCGCCGCCUACCGGGGCCUCGGCCGCGGGGAGCAGUGGCUGGACAGCUUCGCAUUCCCAGCACGCCGGAGAGGCUGGCCCCGCCGCCCGACGAGGCGGCCGUGGACCCGCAGAUCAUCGGCCGGCCCAGCAAGGUGGAGCCGCUGCUGGAGCGCGCCGCGGCCGCGCUGGUGGGCACGGCCUGGGCCAUCGAGGGAGGGCUCACGGCCGCGAGCCACCUGAUAGGCUUCCCGGGCGGCGGGGGCGGCGGCACGGACAGAGUCGGGAGUGCAGCAGCACUUCGCGAUGCACCAGCAACGCCAGCGCCCGACGAGGUCAUCCGCAUCGACUCGGACAGCGACUCCGCACCCCCCGGCGCCACGGGAGGGAAAGCACUCCCGCGGCGAGCCAUGGAGAACGUCACCCAAGCCGUCCAAAAUGAGCCGUCUUCGCUUUCCACCUUCACCCCCACCACCAGCCGAGUGGCCAGAAUCCUGCUGACCAGCGGCAUGGAUUUCAUCGACCCCGAGAGCGUGAAAAUCGCCUUCCGGGUGCGGAACACCGACGGAGGCGGCGGCCAGGUCUUCCCCGGCUCCUUCGAGGGGAACUGCUUCAUCAAGCGCGUCCAGCUCUUCAGCAACGGGCAGCGGACGGACGACAUCUCCGAGUACGGCCGCUGCUGCUGGCUCUACAGCCUGCUCAAGCCGCAGGAGUGGUACAACGGCCGGGCCUACGAGGGCUUCUACCCCACGAACUUGGGCAACCCGCCCGCGAUCCUGGACGGCAACUACAGGGACGUGCUCAUCCCGCCCACGCUCAUCGGGCUCUUUCAGUCCGGGAAGAUGCUCCCGCCGCAGCUCAACCUGGUGCUGGAAAUCGAGUUCGCGGAGGCCGCGGACGCGCUCUGGCCGGGAGGCACUGGCUCCGCGAGCUACAGCAUCGAGAACGUGCGCGUGCUGGCCUCCCAGGUGACCUUGGACUCCGCGCUGGUGGAAUCCUUCAACAAGGUGCUCCUCAGCGGCCGCAGCCUCGUGUUCUCGUAUCCCACGACGCACACGCAGGUCUCCUCGAUCCCCGCCGGCACCUCGCAGGACAGCGUCACGGUGGCCAGGGCCUACACGAAGCUCAUGGGCGCCUUCGUCACCUUCAAGGACGACGACGACGCCCUGGGCGAGGUCAUGAACCUGGAGUACCCCGCAAUCAACGGGCAGCUGGAAUCCCAGAUGCAGCUGGGCGCGCUCCAGUACCCCAGAUACCCCAUGGCCAGCCUGGCGGAGCACCACCACUUCUUGGAGAUCAUGGCGGGGACCUACGACUCCAAGAUCAAGAACAUGCGUCUGAACCGGCUGGAAUUCGAGGACACGCAGUUCAUCGCCGCGUUCCCGGUGGAGCGCGUGCCCAAGCACCCGCUGAGCGGCGAUCAGCUACCAAAUCGUGUCAGCGGCAUCACGGCCGGCCAGCUGGCCACCGUGCUGACGGCUUACACGCGCAGGUGGCCGCGCUGCCCCCCGCCGCCGGACCUCGCGCCCUACGCCCUGGCCGCCGACCUGGCCGCCGCCAAAGGCUCCCUGAACACCAGCCUCACCACAGGGCUGGCGGGGAAGGCCAACCAAUCCGCGCUGGACGCGCUGCAGCUGGAGGUGGACGGCAAGAGCACGCCCACAAGCGUGGACACCAAGCUGCAGGCCUACAGCACCACGGCGGCCAUGAACUCUGCCAUCGCCAGCGCGAACAACGCGACGCUGGCCAGCGUGGCCGCCACCUACGGCCUCAAAAGCACCCAGGACCAACUGGCCAUCGACCUGGCCGCGAAGCAGUCCGGGGCGGACGUGGACCAGAAGAUCGCCACGGCGCUGCUGCCGUACACCGACACCGCGGGCCUCGCCGCGGCCGUGGCACUUCGCACCACGCCGGCGGACGUGGACCAGAAGGUCGCCACCGCCCUGCUUGCUUACGCGCAGCAAACGGCCCUGAACGCCGGGCGUUCAGAGACGGUCACCAGCAGCAUCGCCACGGCCCUGCUCGGCUACGCGAGCACCGGGGACCUGGCCGACUACGCCACCGCCGCCGACCUGACGGCGGCCGAGACCUUUGUGCAGAGCGCGAUCGACGCGAUUUUGGCGCAGCUGGCUGCUCUGACCACCACCGGCGGGCUGAACCUGAUCAACGCGCAGGCCUGGCCCGGCGAGAUCACCUGGGACCUGCUGGUGGGCACCAACACCAUCCGGAACCUCCACGCAACGGCGCCGCUGAGCCUGAGCCUGCAGAACGACAACUUCACGUGCCUCCGAGAGCUGGGCGCUGGCCACGCCGCCAUCACCACGGUUUUGGCGCCGUACAGCACCACCGCGCAGAUGGACGCGGCCAUUGCGGCCGCCCUGGCCGCCUACAGCAACACCGGCGAGGUGAACGGGCUGAUCACGGCCGCCCUGGCGGCGUACAGCACCACCGCGCAGAUGGACGCCGCCAUCGCCACCGCGGUCGCCGGGAUCGAUCUGAGCCCUUAUUACACCAGCGCCCAGACGGACGCCGCGAUCGCCGCGGCCCUGGUGCCGGUGGCCCUCAGCAACGCGCCGGCCUGGAGCGCCAACCCGCCCACCUGGGAGCUGAAGGGCAGCAACGUGCUGCGGAACCUGCACUUCGCCGGCCCGCUGCUGGCCAGCCUGCAAAACAACACGGACACGCUGCAGCUCGAGUGCGACGCCUACUCGAAGGCCGAAACCUUCACGCAGGCCGAGGUCAACUCCGUGGUGGCGGGGGCCAUCGAUGCCUUGAACGUGACCCAAUACCGGACGGAGGCCCAGGUCUCCAUGGCCAUCUCCGACGCCCUGGCGCCCUAUUACACAGCGGCAGAAGUGGACGCGGAGAUCGCCGCCAACGGCUUCGACGGCAGCCAGUACUACACCCGAACCCAAAGCGACUCCAGGUACUUCCUCCAGAACGCCAGCCCCGGCAACGUCUCCCUUGUUCGGGACAACGUGACGCCACCGCAGGUCCGCGGCCUGGUUCCGAGGAGCCCACUGGGCUCCAGCGUGCUCUUCAGCGGCACCGUGCUGGAGCUCACCUGCGACGCCUACACCAAGUCGGAGGCCGACGGGCGCUACGCGCAGUCCGGCAACUUGGGCAGCCUGGACAGCCGCUACUUCCCGGUGAAUGGGAACAACGGCGGCAGCGGCAUCUUCCCCAUGGUGAUCACCACGCUCACGCCGUGCAUGAUCCGCGCCAUCCUGCCCCGGGCGCCCCUGAGCGGCGCUUUGAUUCUGGGCAACGCCGGCACGCUGGAGCUCAACUGCGACUGCUACAGCACCUCCGAAAGUGGAACAGCAGGCGAACACGGCGUGCCCGCGGACAUCAGCUGCACCAGCCUCGCGGCCAGCAGCUUCGUGAACACACUGAAUUUCACGACCACGGGGAACACCACGGGCGUUGACGCGCUGUUCACGCAGGACGUGCAGAUGCUGCUGCUAAGGCCGGUAAGGCUAGUGAGCACCCUGGUAGACAACGACGGCGUCACAAUGCUGGCCCAGUUCAGCGGCCUGGAGGCCCACAUGCAGGUGUCCACCCGGUGCGACCGGCAGCUCACAAUCGACAACGUCUCUGGCCCGGCCGAGGGCCUGUUCACUAACGAGAUCUCCGCGAGAACCGGAGACAACUUGCUGACCAUCAACGGUGGGGUGAAUGGCGUCACUGUGCUGGGCCCGGGUCUGGCGGUCGCGGGCACGAUGCGGGCCACGACGCAGGUGACCACGCCGAGCGUUGCGGCCGAGGCCGGGUUCCCUCACCUCACCCUGGCCAGUGGCACCGCCGGCACCAGAAUCAUCGAUGGCGCCUCCAACGCGCUGCUCGUGGUUAAAA